AGUUCGGACCUGUGAUCACAAGAGGAUAACUUCAGAAAUUGUGGGUCAAACUAAUGGUGUGUAAUUCACUUCCCAGUGAAUGAGUAUACUCAUUCUAAUAUUCUCCAAUUAGAAAACAAUAAUCAGGCUAUGGCUAUUGGUGACCAUUGAAGAGUGUGUAUCUAUCUAGUAACUCCUUUCACCAAAUGCUUUCAUCAUCCCAAAAUGUUUGCAAAAAUAGAGUCAAUUUUAGUCUGAUUGUAUACAGGAUGCCAACUCAACUUUCCCCCUUCUAUGAUGAUACUAGAUUUUCUAUACUUUUCAUUAUAUCCAUUUCCACAUGUAGGUAGGUGUUUUAUGGUUUUUUGUUUCGUUUCUGUUUUUGGGUUUUUUGUUGGGUUUGUUUUUUUUUGGGGGGGGGAUUUUUGUUCUCCUUAUAUUUUUAUUUGUUCAGGUUAGAGAUAGCAAUUUCUGCUUCUCCUUUCCUUAAGAUCUACAAAUUCUGCUCUCAUAUUAGUCCAGAACCUAUCACCGUCUCCUACUGGUAAAGGGAACAUUCUUCUUCAAAAGGAAGGAGAACAAGGCCAGGCAGUUCCCACAGAAAGCAAGAGUGGGUAACUCCCCACAAGGGAGAGGGCAUGAGGACUAGCUUGACGGUUCUUCUCCAAGGAAAACCCAGAUAAACAAUGGCAAAGGCAGAACGCUGUUGUAUUCUCAAGUAGUGCCCACUUCCUGAUAAGCAUCCCAGUCUUUGGAAACCUGCAAGAUAUACAGAACCAGUACAGCACUGAACAGAAUCUGAUGGCAGCAUGAAGAAGUCAAGAAAGGCAAUGCACGACAGUCCUCAGGCUUCCUUGACUCCCGCACAACAGAUUCUGUGUCCAGGCGUGCCCCCAUGAUCACACAGGUUAUGCAGAAGGUUGCUAAGCAUUGAGAGGAGAGCCAUUUGGGUCACAGGACUGCAGAACAAGGUUCCCAAGAACAAUAUGACUAAAAUACAAGGAUGUGUAGUGCUCAGGCAGGCUCUAAGAGGCACACCCCAAGGUUUGCAAGCUGUCUUGGACAUCAGUGCUAUCUUUGCCAUCACUGCCACUGUCACCGCAAGCCAGGUUCUCCUGCUGACAGGCCUCUGGGAACCAGGAAGUGUGAUACCCUGAUUCUCCCUGGAACCCAAAGCCACACGUCUGCCUUUCUUCAGCACCAGCUGCCUUCUCAGCUCAUCUGCCAUAGUACUUGGGCUCCACCUCACUAACCUGGAAGUUCAGGGUGUUGGAAUAGAGGUGCAAAGCUGCUCGGUUGCUGCUCCUGGCAUGCGCUGAAGUUCUCCAUCACGGCCUGGGAGGCCUGGUUCAAUAGCUUCUUGGCCAGGCCAAAGCGCCAGUGGGAGCGCUUCACAGUCAGUGAGGUGAUGUGUCCAUGAGUGACAUUAUUAGGAUCCUCUUCCAUUUUGGCAGAACAGAACCCACGAUCUUCCCAACCUCAUCCUCAGCAAUGUAGGGAGCUGGGGCCACGUGAGGCCAUGAUAGUAGUACUUCAUCCGGUAGUUCUCGGGCAGGCAGAGCAGGUUGCAGUGUUGUAUGUUCAUCAGGUCAUCUGUCCAAGUGGAUGUUCAUAUUGGAGGCAGAAAAGCCUAUCAGACUCCGGAGAAUCAGAGAGGAUGCCACAGGGCACAAGCGACACCAGCACCGUUUGCUUUCAGACAGCUGGGUUAUCCAUACAGAACUCAUACAAGAUGAGGAAGAUCUCUCACUAUCUUCCAUGUUGUUUCGGUGAUGCUGUACAGAACUCCGUCCAUCUUCAUGCAAGAGGGGCCUCCGACGCCUCCAAAGCAAAUGACGACCACGCAGUCCUCCUCCGAAAGGAUGGUCUGGUCUACCUGCCAGCCAUUGUGUAGAUGCGGAAGCAUGUAGGACAUCUUAAAGGCGCUUGCGCAGCAGGACGCCACGAGCUACCUCUGACCUCCUGUGAGCCCACAGAACCGGACAAACGGGUCCUCCACCCAGCACCAGCGCCCUUUAUGUUUUGAUCUGCGAUGUUCAUUAAGAGUUCACAAGACAUGGCUCUCACUGAAGACCAGCAGUCGUACUGUAGCUGUUGGUUUCAAGCAGACGCCUAGAGAACUGUCUUCCUGUGUUCCAUGGAACAGACCAUUUGGUGGUACUUCUUUCUACAAAGAUCCAUUCGUGAAGCCAAGAAACACAACACAAUGGAACUUCCCAUGCGGAUAUUCACUGAGGACAUUGCAGGCUGUGACACUCCUCUAUAUUUAACAGCAACAAACUACAAUACAGUGAAUGACAUAAUCAGCAAGUUUCUAUCAAUGAUAAGAAAACAAAACACUGAAGAUUACCAACUGUGGUUCUGUCCUGGCCCUGGGGAAGCUCCAAGAGCACUCCAAGGGCAUGAGUAUCCACAUGACAUUAGAAUGAUAAAUAUUCAAAAGAACUUCAGUUCACGGAACUUAAGAAAUUUAACAGAUUUCCCUUCCCUACCUGGGGUAAUCAUGAAAUAUCUAAAUGCUGAUAAACAUGGAAAAUUCAUCUUAAAGCCCCGAAACUCAGCAAGAAGCCAGCAGCAUAAAAAAAAAAAAACUUUAAAGAAACAAAGAACUUCUAUAACAUCUCGGUUGGACAGGAGCUCUGUGCCUGACCAGGACCAAGUAUGCACCAUCACACCAGUUAAAAAGGGAGGAAAACUGUUUGGAAGAGAACUCAGUUCCAUUUGUCAGGAUGGCGACCUGCCUUCAGCAAUUCUGGACAUGCUGUACAUACUAAAAAAGAAAGGGCCCACAACCAAGAGUGUUUUUAUAGAACCUCCGAGUAUAAUUUUGUUCCAAACAGUAAAGGACAAAUUGGAUUCAGAAGAAGAGGUGGAUAUAAACAAGCAAAUCAAUUUAUGUAGUGACCUGGAUCUUUAAGGACUUCCUCCAAGACAUCAAGGGAAGUCUAAUGACUUCAAAACUAUAUGAUGAGUGGAUUGCUGUAACCAAAAAAGUCAAUGAUGAAGAUAAAUUAGCCGCAGUGCAGAGGUAAUUGUUGGCAAACUCUGAACAACAUCAACAAAAUAGAAGUAACAUUUGCUUACACACAUUAGAGAUUAUAUAUCACAGAAACAUUUACUAAGAACACUGACAGACAGCAAAAGGUUUCAGUCAUUGACCAACACGAAAGACACUUUCAAAAGAGUAUGAGUUACAGUGUGAAUUACAGUAGCCAAGGUUUAUAGUCUUACUUUCAUAUUCCAAUUAUAUUUGUCUUUUUUCUGAAUUGGGUAAAUAUUUCAAGCAAUAAUUUGAGUACAAAUUCUUUCAUUUUAUUUUCAAAGCACCCUGCAUAUAUGAUUACUCUGUUCCCUUCCUUCAUAUUUACAAAUUGACUAUACUUGUUUUAAAAUAACUGUCUCUGUGUUCAGUCUUUUAGAUAAAAUGUCACCUGAAAAUGCAUCUCUUCUGAGGCAACUUUUUCGUAUAUUGUAUGAAAUUAAAAGUAAUUCUCCUGUUAA